AAUAAAAACAGCUCUUUUAGAUACAAACAAUUUGCUUCAAACAAUCAAAGAAAAAGAUGGAUAAGAUUUCUGUGAACCGAUUUUCUUUUCGUAGAAAAGGAAGUCAUAAAAAGGAUAAACAAAAGAAGACAAACAUGAGGAUAAAAUUGAUGAAGUUGAACCGCCAAAAUUAAAGUACAUUAGUCAGAAAGAGGCGAGAGAAAUCGAACAAGAAUUAUUUACAGAAUAUGCCUUUAAUGUUGAUCAACUUAUGGAGCUUUCGGGAUAUAGUUGUGCUGUUGCCAUAGCAAAUUGUUACCCUGUUGAAAAGAUGACAAAAGAUAACCAUGCUGUCCUUGUCUGCUGUGGACCUGGAAAUAAUGGCGGGGAUGGACUUGUGUGUGCCAGACAUCUGAAAAUGUUUGGAUAUAAGCCAACAAUAUUUUAUCCAAAGAGACCGAACAAGCCUCUAUUUAACCGCCUGUAUAAACAAUGCGAAGGCUUGGACAUGCCUUUAUUAUCAUUCUUUCCGUCAGAAGCACAUCUUAUUACAGACUCAUACAAUUUCGUCGUUGAUGCAUUAUUUGGAUUAAACUUUGAUGGCCCUGUAAGAACGGACUUCGAGUCUGUAAUGGAUACUUUAAAGAAAGUCGAAUCACCAAUUUGCAGCAUAGAUGUACCAUCGGGAUGGGAUAUCGAGUCCGGCGAUGAAAAUGGACUGAAACCAGAUAUGCUUAUUUCUCUUAUCGCUCCUAAAAACUGUGCAAAGUUUUUUAAAGGCAAACAUCACUAUCUUGGAGGUCGGAUUGUCCCCAAAACACUUGAACAAAAAUAUGAGUUGAAUUUACCGAUGUACCAAGGUACUAAUUGUGUAAUUGAGCUUAAAAUGGACGAUGAGGAAAGUGAGGACAGUAGUGACAACAAAAGUGAUUAUUAAGUUAGGACAUUUUUCGUUUUCUAGAUGUAUCUUUAAAUUUAAUUCAAUGUUUUGCUCCUAAAUGAGACAUUAAAACAAGGCCACGAACAUGUCAAAGAACAAUGCAUAUGAUAGUUCGUGCUGGGAAUAUUCGACUAUGAAGUACUGGUUAUAAUGAUAUUAUAGUUACAUUCAUCGGAUUUCUGUAGAACUUCUCAAUGCUCGCAAUUAAACAUAAAUCACGAAGUCAUUAUUAACGACAGGUGAUCUUUUUAGUAGAAAAACUUGACGUGUUCCUUUUAUUUAUUAUUAUUAUUUCUUAUUUGUCCUUUAUUUAUUUUUUUCUCAUUUUAUUCUACGGAUACACAUAUUGUUCGCCUGUGUAUAUUUUACAAGACAUUGAAUAUAUUAAUCCUUUUACUUUCUGUCAUAUUCACCAUGUUUAUUUAAAACUUUUAAAAAAUAUAAAGUAAACGUCUGUUAUAAGUUAUUUUUUAAAAAGAUUACCAUUUUUUAUUGUUAAAAUGUAUGUAACAAUUUCUGAAAAGAUAUGAUUCGCAAAAUAAAUGGACAGUCUUCU